UCUGUUGCUUGUGCAGAGUGUUCUUGCUGCAGCCCUAAACUGUUAUAGUCCUAUAACCACUGAGCAGUCCUGACAUGCCACAAUGCCCGUUUUUUUGUUCGUGCAGGUUUUCAUUGGAGAGCUCGGUGAAUACUUGGAUCCACGUCUUAAGACCAGGCUUCUUCCGUUCAGGUACCCGAUCGCUAAGCCGACGUCGACCCUUGGCCCGUCGAAAACGAAGCAAGGCAAGCGGAGAACGCCUCCUCCAGUUGUAGUCUCCCCGCAKAYGUGUGUCGAGUCCUCGRCAGYUCUGGAGAAAGGUUCGGGUACGAAGCCKRAAGCUCCGAAAAAGAAAGUAMUUGCRGAGAAAGCUGCGGCGUCUUCGAAAAKGAAAGGCAAAGCUCYGCAAGACGAGCUGGGURCGAAGCCRAAARCUCCGAAAAAGAAAGUACCUGCGCCGAAAGCUGCGGCGUCUUCGAAAGGGAAAGGCAAAACUCCGCAAGACGAGCUUCAAGUUCCUCGAGGUCUUGUUCCCGGCGAACUCAACGACGAGCUGACACGGGCCUGGAACGAGCUGGAGAGUUUAAAGGAGAAGAAAAUUUCCCAAGAGCCUUUUUACCUGCCCAUGUCGUGUCUGCGACGACCGUCGGACGAUGGAACGGGAAACAGGCCACUCGAGAUUCGGGAGCCCGAAGAGGACCACGUUUCCACAAUCAUGGAUUCGAUGAUUACUUGCCCGACUGGAGAUCAUCUUCCCUUUGUUGGUGUCGUCGAUCCGUUGGAGGUGAAAGAUAAGAAGGACGUGGAUCUGGCCCGGUUGCGCAAAGGUGGCUACACCAUAUAUGUUCUUGGAGGUGGACAUUGCCGGGAGGCGAGGGAGCGCCUGCAGAAGAUCUACCCUGACAAGGAGGAUUACAAAUGGAAUGUGUGCUAUGUCUAUGCGGGCCUGACUACGGAAGAAGCGAGGCAGAUCGCGAUGCGUCCCAAAGAGAUCCGGGACCUGCAACUGCGAAUUUUUGAGAUGUGGCAGAAGGGGGAGGUCAAGAACCAGAAACUCAAGCCUCUUGCGAAAAGUCAGAUCCACCCAGACGUCGCUCCAGAGUCCAGCGAGUCGGAGGGUGGCAAGAAAAAACACGGGGCGAGAAAGCUGGACAGGGCUGUCGCAAAGCAGCAAGAGAUGGCGUUCUUCAAUCCUCGCCUAAAAUUGAAGGACAACAAAGUUGCUUCGGCCCCGGCUGACAUGCCUGCGCAACCGUGGAUUACGAUGGGCAAUAUCCUGCAUGACGCUAUCAUCCCCAUCUUGACAGAAGUUGUGUCCAAGCAGAUCUCCCUGGAAGAGAUGGAGAGGAAGUUCAAGGUCGUGAAGAAAGGAGUUGUAUCCUUUGCACACCAAGAGGUUCUCGAGCCAUUCAUUGGGAGUUUUGAGAGGCGAGGGGCUAAACCCACUGCUUUGCUAAAUCACAUUGAACGAGCGAAGGAGUGGAGGAAGACGGAAGACAAGAGGAUUAAAGAUGCACAAAGAGCGAGUCACAAUUUCUUACGGGUGCAUUCCCUGGACGACCCUUUCGCGGACUGGACUGACGUGAAGUACGAAGGGUGUUCAGGGCAGGUCAAGGUCAUUCAAGGCGAUAUGUUGCAUUUGGCACAGCUGCAAAAGGACAAGGUGCCGAUUUCCCUUUCCAUCUUCGAUUUGCCCUACGGCUUUGCGCACAAAGGACACGCGCGUGACACGAAGUCAUUCCCGGAGAGUGACAUUGUCGCUGUGCUCGAGAAUGUCAAGGAGGUUUCGAGCGCAUCGCUCUGGACAGUCGCUGCUUUCUGCUCUGUGGACAUGCUAUCCUCAGUGAGGUCCGCGUUUGCAAAGAUCUGCAAUGCUGGUCAAGAGCUUGUCACGUGGUGCAAGCCGAACACAACGAAUCCCGGUGGCCCGAGACUUGUCAGCGCGACGGAGUUCUGCGUUCUGGGGUACUACAAUGUGACAGGCCAACGUGAGAUGACGCAUUACAACUUCGCUCCCACCGAUCCCCGCCACAACUUCCAACUUUUUGAUGCAGUCACGCGAAAGUUUGUGCACCCGGCUGAUGACAGGGUGCUUUGUCCGUACCAGAAACCUUAUGCAUUAUAUUCCUGGUUGGUCACAAAGUUCUCUCCACCAGGCGCCACCGUUUUGGACGACUUUUCGGGCGCCGGUACGGGGGCCGUUGCUUGCGUGAUGGCGAACAGGAACUGUCUUGUCGUGGAGCUCGACAGGCGGUGUGCGAAGGGAAUCCGCAUGAGGCUGCUCACUGACCUCGAAGGGACGUUGCAGAGAGAAAAGCCGAAAGAGGGGAAGGGCAAGUCGAAGGAACAGCACCCUGAUGCGGACUUUGAGGUGUCUGGGGAUCACGGCCUCAAGGAGGAAGAGCGACAUGUUGAGGAAGCCACGACGACGGAGGCUUCCGGCCAGGACAUGACGCAGGAGACAUGGGAGCCCAUGUCGGGAUUGAUUGCAACCGAAGCCAAUCUGCCGGCAGGAUCUGGCCAGCGUGAGGAACCGCCCGUGGCAGUACCUCCUGAGGAGCAGCUGGCAUGAAGCCAGGACUCAAGUUAGGCCACAGGGGCAGAAACACGAGGUCGUAAGAGAAAGAUCGGAGGAUAGGAGGCGGUCAGCUCCUUGUGAUGGGUUUGCGCAGCAAUGCUCGA